AUUUGUACCACAGUGGGGUCUUUUUUAGAUUCGCACAUAAUUAGUGUUGGGGCACAAAGCGAGACGCUGAAUGGAGAUUGUCAGCUUUUGGAUAGGGGUGAGUAGGAAUCUUUUCAAAUAAGAUCGAUCAAUAAGGACAAAUUUUUUUCAUCCCCUCUACUCUCCACCCACUGCUUGAUAUCUAACAUAAGCAAAGAGACUUGUCCUUUAUCCUUUGCAUUUUCGACAAGGACUCCUUCCGUUGACAAAAUAUAAUCACUGUCUACAGCUAAAAUACAAAAACGGUGCAAAACAGAUUAUUAAAUUAAUUAAAUAUGAUGUAAUAAAUAUGAUGUGAUAAGUGCAAAAAUAAUAUCCAGAGUGGUUCAAUGGACAUUUUCUCAGUGGCAUCCCUGGAUAUUUAUGCUAAUGGAUUUCCUUCUAAUUGGACUGUACCUAAAGUGGCCACUGAAGAAGCCCCCUGGGUUGAUACUGUGUUUAUUGGGCAUUUUUCUAAGAACGGUUCCCUUGGUAGAGGGGGUUUGUCCAAGGCUGUGCCGCUGCGACAGCAAGCUGCUGUACUGCGAGGGGCUCAACCUCACAGACAUUCCCCGCAAUUUGAGCAGCGCCAUGGGCCUGUCCAUGAGAGAAAACAACUUGACCGAGCUGCGUGAAGGCCAACUGGCUGGUCUGUCACAGCUCACCUGGCUCUAUCUAGAUCACAACAACAUUGACAUUGUGGAGGAGGGUGCAUUUGACAGGCUAAGACGGGUCAAGGAGUUGGACCUCAGUUACAACCGGAUUGAGAGUCUCCCAAAUGGUACCUUUAGGCCCCUCCCAAACCUGCGUAUCCUGGACCUUUCAUACAACAGGCUGCAGGCACUGGAGCCUGACCUGUUCCACGGCCUUAGAAAGCUCACCAAUUUGCAUUUGCGCUACAAUGCUCUCAAAUUUGUGCCAGUGCGGAUUUUUCAAGACUGCCGGAGCAUGCAGUUUCUGGACUUGGGAUACAACCAACUGCAGAGCCUGGCACGAAACUCCUUCGCUGGCCUCUUCAAGUUGACUGAGUUGCAUCUUGAGCACAAUGAGCUAGUUAAAGUCAACCUAGCCCACUUCCCUCGCCUCAUGUCUUUACGUACCCUGUACAUGCACAACAAUCGUGCCACUAUUGUUGUCAAUACACUGGACUGGACAUGGAACGAUUUAGAGAAGAUUGACCUUUCAGCCAAUGAAAUCGAGUACAUUGAGCCACAUGUUUUUAAGAGUGCACCCAACCUUAAGGUGUUGAUGCUAGACUCCAAUCGGUUGACCUCUGUGGAGCAGCACAUCCUGGAUUCCUGGUCAUCUCUGGAAAGCAUUACCCUGGCAGAGAAUGACUGGGAGUGCAGUCGCAAUGUGUGUGCCUUGGCCUCUUGGCUGAGUGCCUUCCGAGGCCAGCGUGACAAUUCCCUGCUGUGUUCAAGCCCCGACACCGCACAGGGCGAGGAUGUGUUGGAUGCUGUCUAUGCUUUUCAGCUAUGUGAGGAUCCCCCAAUGGAGGUAACUACAGCAGGCCUGUACGCCUCUACAAGGGAUCUGGCCCAGGGUGGCUCUGUUUUCCUGGGCCCGUUUACUCCCAACCCUUAUGAGGGUGAGGGUAGUGAGGUGGUCACCAGUUCUUUCACUGUCACAGUAGGCCAUGAUGACCUGGAGAGCACCAUGCAGAUCCACAAGGUGGUGACUGGCACCAUGGCACUCAUCUUUUCCUUUCUCAUCAUAGUGCUCAUGCUGUAUGUGGCAUGGAAGUGCUUUCCAGCCGGCAUAAGACAACUGAGGCAGUGCUUUAGCAGUCAGCGCCGUAAGCAGAAGCAAAAGCAAAGCAUGCAGCAGAUGGCUGCAAUUUCUACACCGGAGUACUACGUUGACUAUAAACCUAACCACAUUGAGGGAGCUCUGGUAAUCAUCAAUGAAUAUGGCUCUUGCACUUGCCAACAGCAACCUUCUCGGGAAUGUGAGGUGUGACCCUGCUUCGUGAGUACGUCUUUACCUGUGAUUAUAUGGAUAUACAGUAAAUCCGUCUUUUGGAUACACUGGGGAGGGGAAUAUUGCGGGACAGAAGGAAUAAAGGGAUCUUUUGGACACUUUUUACACAACGUCUCACUGUGAUGUGGAAGGAGUGUGCUUUAUGCAGCUGACUAUUUACCAGUGGAUUUACGGCUACUGCUGUCUUCUUCUGAUUUGAGACCACAGGGCACAAUGGGCCCCUGACUCUUGGACCUGUUGAUGUUCUACAGAAACACAUAAAGGAAUACAUUGUGGGCACUGAGGUUUUUCUCUCAUGGGUGGAUAUUUGAGCUUUAAUGUGUCUUUCUACUUCAGGACAUUUAAUUAUUGUUUAAAAACAAACUGGGGACACACAAAAGAAGAAAAAGGAAACAAAAAAAAAACAAACCAUUUGUAUUAUGGUAAACACAAUAUUUGAAAAGCAUUUAAAAUAUUAAAAAAUCAUGUUUAAGUUCGAUGAAAAUGUAAAAAUAAAAGUCUGUGUAAAAUAUGUCAAAAGAAUAAGUGCAAAUGUGGACAAAAAAUGAUACAAGAUAAUCUAUUUCUUUUGUAAACUACAAAAAAUGUUUAAAUAAAUGAAUUGCUAUUCACAGUGAACUCAUUUGUACGUGAGAAGCUGUCAGAAAGGAUGAAUGACAAUAGACGCAGUCUUUGCGCUUGUGGACUGGAGAGCCAUGUCUCUGCAGUGUAUCCAACCAAAAAAAUAAAAUGAAAUACAAAAAAAUUAAAAGGGGCAGAGGGAUAUCUGCAUCUCAUCUCUAAUGUAAAAUCCAUGGUCUGAAUUUUAGAUCUCUUCUCUGUUUUAACUCUCAUAUUUGUUGUUUUAUCAUUCACUGUGUUGGCUCGCUAUGAGUGUAGUUUCUUUUCCCCUUCCCAUUGCCUAUUUGAGAAUAGAUUUGAAUGAUCUAUUACAUUUAAAUUGGUUAGCAUUUUUUCAUAUAAUUAUAUCACUAUUUGUGUACCAUCCAAGUAAAGAAAGCAGAGUGUCAAAGAUUUUAAAGCUAUGCCUCUCAUUGCCUCUCACUCUUUGGCUUUCACUUUCACUGAAUCAAGCACACUAAAGACAACCUUCAUUGAAACCUUGCAUACUUAAAUCAAAAUACAAUUUCAGAUUGUAUCAGAAUCAUUGAAGAAAUUAUCCAGCAGCUUAAAGGAAGAUUUGCACAUACAAUAUUCUUCACUGUGUUUUCAUGUAAUGUAAAAUGUUUGUUGAAUACAAGGCCAUUUUGAGGUGUAUAUAUAUAUCCUUCUUCCUCUGGUGUUCAUUGUGUAAAUUAGUGCACUGACAGAUGUUGUAUUUCUUGGGUCCAUUGACGUGAAAAGUAUGUUGUUUGAGGAGGGGGAGCAGUGAGAGGGAGAUGGAGGAUCACAACGACUGCAGAAAGAGGGAACAGACUGCUCUCUAGUGUGCAUAUUCUCAUACUGUGGCUGCAUUUUACCCAUUGUGCACCAUACGCUGCAAACUUCCACAGCAGGUGCAACAUCAAUAUACUGAAUCUGCAGCGCUUUUCUGGAAAAAAAUCAAUGCAUCAACUUGCAUCAUUUUUGUGUUAUUUUGCGAUAAAUUAAGAUAAUGUUUACAACUUGUAAGUCAGCAGGAAUAAAAAUGUUUUAAGAACUCACUGACGAUCAUUACAUAAUUAGUUCCAAUACGAGUAAAAGUUAUCUUCAAAUUUAUCAACAACAUUGUAAGUGCACUUGGUGUUCUGGUGUUCUAGUGAACAAUAUGCAACAAGGGGUCUGAAAAACAGGUCGGACUUGGUUCUUAAAGUGUUAGAAAUGGUUUGGUGAGAUUUAAAUUGGUGGAUCUUGUUGUGGGUGAUAUAGAGCCUGAGAGUAAUCCCUGCCUGAGAAGAAGUGCAAAGGUACCUCAGGAAAUAAGAAUAGUGUCUGAAAAAAUAGUUUUGCUGGGGCUGACGAUUUAUUUUAUUUGACCAAGGCUCAUUACCAGUGGCUCUGAAAUGAAAUAUUUUUAGCUGAAAAUGGUAGUGGUUUUUACAGUAUUUUACAGUAUAUUGCAGGGAUUGCAAACUCUCGAAAAUGAUUGAUUAAAUUUGUGUUAAUUCUUGUAAUCACUAGAUCCUCAAAUCCUGGGGGGGACUGUCAAUGUGAGCCAUGGGAUAUACAUAUCAAAUUAACUACUUUUCCUCCUACAGCUCAUAGGAUUUCUCUCAGGUAAAAUCCCAUCACAAACUAAUCAUCCUUAUUAACAUGAAGGAUAUGCUGGGAAUUUAGUAUUUCGCACUUGAGUGCACUAAAUUGAAACUAUUUUCUUAUUCCAUUCCUCAAUAAAUGAAAGUGGCUGUAAACAUGCAUUUCAUGUUGCAAUAUAAAUACAUGGAAUUAAUAUCAUUUUAAACACUAAUUUAAAAAGGUUUUCUUCAAUAUGGAAUCCAUCAGUCAGUUUUCAAAACUAUAAUGUGUCUGUAUUUGUAUGUGAGUUUCUGCUCGCAGUUGUAUUAAGGGAAGUUUGUCUUCACACAUAUUCAUGCCAAAUGGCGCUGAAUCAUGAGUUUUCAUCUGAAACUGACCUCAGUGGUCUGUGACAGUAAUAGGACCCUGUAUCAGUCAUUAACAUCAAACCAAUGUCUAAGGAAGUGGCCCAUGCAGGAUGAAAAAUAAAGGUGCAGAGUGAGCAAUAUACCCACAAUGUACUUUCAUGUUUUUUGGCUAUUA